UGCACAAAGUCAUAAAUCUCAAACUUAGAAUUAAGAGGAGGAAGCCGGACGGCACCAACUGUGUCUUCUUCUUCCUCCUCUUCUCUCUCUUUUCUAUAAAUAACGCACCUUUUGUACAGAAGCCGCAAGAAAAGGCCCUCCUUUGUUCCCGUCGCCGCAGAUUUCUCGCCGUGGAUGGAGAUGGAGAGGGGAAUCGCGCCGGUUGAGGAGCUCACAUCGGGUGCUAGCAGCCGCAUUAUUCCGGUAUUCAGGGGCGUGCGCCGUUCAAUCAUCUCCCGUGAAGCGGCCAUCCGCGGGUUGCUCUUCCUGCAGUCUAUUUUUCUAUGGAUUCUAAUCCUUAUUCGUCUACGCGGUGGACGGAGCGCGCUGUCCUCGAAACCUUCGUCCAUGGUGGGUUCUCCUCUGCCGUCGCCGAGGCGGAGGGGAGUAGGGUUUAGAAAGGACGGGAGGUUGUCGGCGAAGGAGGAAGAGGAUGCACAGAAAAGGAGGGUUUUGGCGGAGCAGGUGGACAUGGCGUUUCCUUUAAGCGGUUCAAGAUGCCGAUGCGAGAGUUUUGUGGUAAUGGGAACGAAGAAGAACGCGCUCUUCUGUCGCUCGUGGAUUCCGGCGAGUGGAAACAUGAAGGGUAUUUUGCUGAUUAUUCACGGUCUCAAUGAGCACAGUGGAAGAUAUGCACAUUUCGCAUCACAAUUGACUGCAUGCAGCUUUGGAGUAUAUGCAAUGGAUUGGAUUGGUCAUGGUGGUAGUGAUGGGUUGCAUGGAUAUGUACCUUCAUUAGACUGGGUGGUUGCAGACACUGAACUAUUCCUGGAAAAGAUCAGGUCAGAAAAUCCUGGUGUGCCUUGCUUUCUCUUUGGCCACUCAACUGGUGGUGCGGUGGUGCUGAAGGCAGCCUUGCUUUCUCAAAUGGUAGCAGCAUUGAAGGGAAUUAUACUAACGUCGCCUGCAUUGCGUGUCAAACCAGCUCACGCAUUAGUUGGGGCUGUGGCUCCAAUAUUCUCCCUGGUACUUCCCAAGUAUCAAUUCAAGGGGGCAAACAAAAAGGGCAUUCCAGUUUCAAGAGACCCUGCCGCCAUGAAAGCCAAGUACUCAGACCCACUGGUCUACACUGGACCCAUAAGAAUCCGAACCGGCCAUGAAAUCCUUCGCAUAUCUUCCUACCUCAUGCAAAAUAUAAGAUCAGUCAACAUUCCUUUCUUUGUUCUUCAUGGAACUGCUGAUAGAGUCACAGAUCCUCUUGCUUCUCAAGAUUUAUACAACGAGGCUGCGUCCAAGCACAAGAAUAUCAAGCUCUAUGAAGGCUUUCUACAUGACCUUCUCUUCGAGCCUGAACGUGAUGAGAUUGGUACAGAUAUCAUUGAAUGGAUGGAGAACAGAUUGAAGCAGUAAAAGGUCAUGAAUGGAAGGUAUUAGUUUGGCUUAUUUACAGUAGCUAGUAACAUUCAUUCGUUAUGGAUCAAUGGCCAGCAAAGGGGGUAGCAGGUUGGCGAUUGCCUGAAUGAAUUUAUUCAUCUGAAGUCAUUCUUCAUUGGAUAGGAAGGCGAUUUUGAUGAAGUUAUAGUUGGUACAAGUAUCUAUAUACGUGUUUUCUCAGAUAUUUUGACAUGAUUAUGGUGUUCUUAUUCUGAAAAUUUUCUUUGUAAUUCUGUGAAAUCAGACUGGAAGAUGUAAAUAUGAUUUUAGUAAUCGAUGUUGUUUUAAUAAAAAGCUCGUUUGUGUUCCUGGCGAA